CUCAUCGAAAAAACACUAUACUAGCGCAUAUCUAGUAUUCAGUUAAAAUUAUUAUAAUAAAAAAUACAAUUACUAAUUGAUUUAACAGUGAUAAAAUAAAUUUGAGUUUUUUGUGCAAAUAAUGCCUCGUCCAUUAAAAGAAAGUUAUGGAGACCUCAAGCCUCCAUUUUCAUAUAUAUCAUUGACUGCCAUGGCAAUAUGGAGUUCUCCACAGAAAAUGUUGCCCUUAAGUGAAAUUUACAAAUAUAUAAUGGACAAAUUUCCUUAUUAUCGAAAAAAUACACAAAAGUGGCAAAAUUCUUUACGACAUAAUCUAAGCUUUAAUGAUUGUUUUAUAAAAGUGCCCCGACAUUCCAAUAAAGCUGGCAAAGGCUGUUUUUGGACAUUGCACCCUAAAGCUUUUGAUAUGUUUGAAAACGGCAGUUUGUUGCGCCGACGGAAACGAUUUCGUAUACAAAAAAUUGAAACAGACUUGUUAUCUGUUGAAGUGACUACGUUGGCAAAUUCUGCUACAUGGGAGAAUAACAUUGAUUUACCAUCGGAAAAUAAUAACAACCCGUCAUUCGCCACAACACCAUGCUUCAGUGUACCACGUAUUAAUGAAUAUGAAACAAAUGAACAAUUUGCGUACCGACAGACACCUAAGAGAUCAUUUACAAUUGAAAGUCUAAUUGCACCGGAAAAAAAUCAAACAUCAGAAGACAACAAUAAUUUUAGAGAGAACCAUAAAAACCAUCCAUUUGAAAGCGGAUUUUCUUUUCAUAGGUUAUUUGAUGUAAAUUUUGCUGCUACAAUUUCUCAACAUCUGACUCCAGAUUCAUAUGAUUUACAUCAGCAAUUAGCUCUUAUGCACCAACAGCAAGCAGCGGCUCACCUUCAAAUUCAACAAACUGCUACUGCUGCCCUUCUAGUUGAACAACAGCAGCAACUAACACAACAAAAUAUACUCAGUACAUUUUUAGGACCACUAUCAGUAUUUUAACAACUUCAACUAAUUCAGUUGGCAUAAAUACGAAAUUGUGAUAUAUUAAUUUUAUUUAUCUUUUAUUCUUAAAAUUGCUUUAAUUCUAUGUGUAAAUAUUUAACAAAAAAAAUUAUAUAAUUUUAACCAAAUAUAAUAUUAUUAAUAUAAUAUUUAAAUUUUUUUAUAAAAAUUAAUUAACUGCUUGAAUAAUUAAAAAUUGCGAAUUAAAUUAACACUGUAUUCAAAACAUGAAAAUGGCUAUAAAUUAUAUUUCUAUUUUAUCAAAUUUGGUGAAAAUUUUUCUUUUACGAAAUAGCUUUAAUAUUGAAAAUUUCCUUUAAAAUUACAAAAAAGUGAAACUCGUGCAAGCGCACUGCAAUCGAA